AUGGGCGUUUCCAAGCAGACGGUAUACUUAUGGUAUACCUCCAUGGUAGCAGCGUCCUGUAUGAAUCUUUAUGGAUACGAUGCCGCCGCUUUCAAUGCCCUCCAAGGCUCAGCAAAUUGGAGAGACCAUUUUCACCACCCAGAUCCCAACGUUAUUGGUUCGGUGAACACAGCGUAUACCGUUGGCUGUGUCAUUUCAGGGUUCUUCGUAUCUGCCCCAAUUUCCAACUACCUUGGCCGUAGAUGGGCCAUGAUAAUAGGCUGCGUCCUCGUUAUCAUUGCAUCCUUCGUUGCUGCAUUCGCCCCCCGCAACAUCGGCGCCUUCAUUGGUGCCAAAGCCCUCGUGGGCAUUGGCCAAGGUAUAACGCUUCCCGCCGGCCCAGUGUACAUCAGCGAGAUUGCUCCUUCCAAGAUUAGAGGUGCAGUUAUGAGUUUCUGGCAGCUGUUCUUCAGCGUGGGGAACUUCAUGGGCUUCUGGAUCGCCUUUGCCUGCUCCAAGAAUACCGAGAAACUGGGUAAUUGGGACUGGAAGAUUGUUAUGCUUUGCCAAAUUAUUGCGCCCGUUUUUAUUGUCUCAUCGCUUUGGGCUUGCCCGGAAAGUCCAAGAUGGUACAUCCAGAAAGACAGAACUGAGGAAGCCGUGGCAGCGCUCAUGCAAAUCCGUAAUAGUAGAGAGGAAGUCGACGUCGAAAUCGAACAGAUACAACAAGCAGUUGCUUUUGAACAAAAGAACAAUAUAUCUGGUAGUUACGGGCCACUAUGGAAUGACCCGAGCGUGCGGUCAAGAUUGAUCCUGGCUAUCCUCAUGAACGUCGGCCAGCAAUGUACUGGGCAAGGGUCAAUAAACAACUACUCCACCAUUAUAUUCCAGAAGGUAUUCAAGAACAACGAUACCAUCCAGCUCAUCAAUGCUCUGAACGCGACACUUGGCAUCCUUUUCACGCUCAACGCGACCUGGACAGUCGAUCGAUUCGGUCGACGCUUCUUACUCCUUGUCGGGGCAGUCGGCAUGGCAGUUUCAAUGUUAGCCGUUGCAAUACUUGUAACACAGACGCCGGAUCUAGGAGGAGGUUCAAAGACCCAGCCAGUGGCUAUUGGCACUGUAUUCCUAAUGUUCCUUUUCGGCUUUUUCUUCAAGCCUUCGUGGGGUGCUACUGUGUGGAUCUGGACGUCGGAGAUCUUCUCGAUGAAUGUUCGCUCGCAAGCUGUAGCUAUGUCAACCCAAGCCCAGAACGUUGCCAACGUAGUUUUCCUGCAACUUUUCCCCUUAUUCCUCGCCAACGAAGGAUUCUAUGCAAUGUACAUGUUCUUCGCAUUGAACCUAAGCCUAGCCUUCUUUGUAUAUUUUUUGAUCCCUGAGACCAAGGGCAAGUCACUCGAGACCAUGGAUGUUCUAUUUGGCGGAGCCAACCAUGCUGAAGCCCCUACAUCCAACGACACACAUGUACUAAGCCCUGAAACUCCAGAACAUACUGAGGCGGAAAGCGUCGGAGAAAAGAGGUCGGCGACACUGAUGGUGCUGGACGACAAGACGAUUGUCUAA